UAUAGGUAUGGCCCAUGGGGGGCCUUGGUCGGCAGUUGAUAACUUCGCAAGGAAGCGACACAAGCUAGCAGAAGCACUAAAGCUCCCUCAUCCAUGGCCAUCUAGAUCUAGGCGAAAGCCCCUGCCUUGUGCCCCCAAAGCUCUUAUUUGCAUACGUUGCAUAGAAGAAAAGGCACAAGCAAAAAGCAGUUGAUCUGAGCUCCAGAAAACACUGAUCCCGAUACGUUGCAUCGGAGGAAAGGAGGGCAGCAUUUGGAGAUGGCACAAGCAGAAGCACCAUAUCUGAGCUCAAGGUACUCAAGACCGACCACUCCUGAGUUGUAAAUUGUAAUAACUAAAGGACGCUAUUUAUUCUUCUGUGUUUUACGCUGUGGAACAACGAACAAGAAGGCUGUAAGGGUCUGUCCGCAAAGAAGCAUUUCAGGAACUCAAAGGGCUACAACUAGUACACUUGUUUUCGCAGGAAAUUUGGGCACUUACAAAAAGUGGUCGGUAUGGAAGCUGCUGUAUUGUCUGCUGCAGUAUCUGGAGUAUUGAGGAUCGUCGGCAACAAGUUAGCUCCACUACUAAUCAAAGAGUACAGCUCUAUAGUAGGUGUGAACAAAGAUCUCCAGAAACUCCAUGCUCAAGUUGUGGAGAUCAACAAUUGGUUGGAAAACAAAAGAGAUAAAGUUACACGAAAUAAUCCAUCAUCUAGUUGGCUCAAAGAGUGGAAAGAUAUAGCUUACGCUGUUGAUGAUGUUGUCGAUGAGUUUCAGCUGGAGACUGAGAAGCACGAAGUUUGUGGUGAUGGUGGUAUUGUGUACAAAUAUAUGUACAAAAACCCAGAAUCAAUUAUAUUUCAAUGCAAGGCAGCCAGCAAGGUCAAGAAAAUCAAGAAGAGACUUGCUGAAUUUGUGAAGCAAAGAACUGACUUCAGUGCAAUAACAAACAGUUUACUUGAUAGUAAUUCUGUUCCGCGUACAGGCAAGAAAACUGGGGCUGAGCUAUCAUUGCCAAACGUUGAUGAGGCAUCGGUACUCGGAAGAGACCAAGAGAAGCACCAGAUAAUAUCUAAGCUGAUAGAGGCUAAUGACCAACAGAAAAUCAAGAUAGUUUCUGUCAUUGGACUUGGCGGGUCUGGAAAAACUACCUUGGCUCAACUGGUUUUCAAUGAUGGUAACGAUAUAGAGAAGCAUUUUAAAGUUAGACGAUGGGUUCAUGUGUCGCAAGAAUUUGAUGUUGAAGAGCUCAUCAAGAAGCUGUUUGAAGCUAUUAGUGGUGAAAAAUCUGAACACUGUCCCGUGCAGAAAAUGAGCGAAAAAAUAUCAGAAGAGUUGUCCGAAAAGAGGUUUCUGCUUGUAUUGGAUGAUGUUUGGACUAAGGACCGAUUUCAGUGGGAAGAAUUCAUGGUACAUCUAAAGAGGGGCGCACCUGGAAGCGCGAUUUUACUCACUACCCGCAAUAGAAAAGUUGCGGAAACAGUGGGAUCCACAUACCAAUUAGACUUGCCAUUCUUAUCUGAGGAUGACAGCUGGAAACUGUUCCAAAAAAGCUUAGUAGUGCCUGCAAAAGGUUUAGAGGUUGGAUUUGUAGAGGUUGGAACAAAGAUCGUGAAAAAAUGUGGUGGGGUGCCAUUAGCAAUUAAGGCUCUUGCAGGUGUCCUUCAUGGCAAAGAACGGAUAGAACAGUGGCAGGCCGUGAGAGAGAACAAUUUAUUAGAUGUUGAGGGUCAAGAAGGUAGAGUAUCCGCGUGCUUGAGGUUGAGUUAUCUCAAUUUGCCAUCACAUCUGAAGCAGUGCUUCACAAUAUGUUCAUUGUUUCCUAAAGGUUACCAGAUUAAAAAAGAACAACUGAUUGACCUAUGGAUUGCUCAUGAUAUGAUCACGCCAGUGGAUGAUGGUGUUGAUUAUUUGGAAGGCUAUGAGUGCUUUAAUUCUCUUGUGCAAAUGGCUUUUCUGCAAAAUGUGCAUGAAAGCUAUAAUGGGAGAGUGAGAUGCACGAUGCAUGAUUUGGUUCAUGAUCUUGCCCGAUCUAUCAUGGAUGAUGAAAUUUCACUUGAUGUGCCAAAGCAGCCAGCCAGUUCUACAAAGAACUAUAGAUACUUCUCUUUAACUGAAUGGCCAAGAAAUUAUCUGCCCAAAAAUCAUUUUGAAAAAGCACGUGCUGUAUAUGUUGAUCGGGGAGAUGACCUAAUAUUUGGCAAGGCAUUGAAGAAUGCAAGACACUUGCGCAGUGUGGACUUUAUGUGGACAGAAGCAGUACCCAUUGCCAUAUUUCAGCUAAAAAAUUUGAAAUAUCUUAAUAUGCCAGGAAUAGGAUGCUCUGCACUACCAGAGGCUAUUUCAAAUGUUUGGAGCCUGCAAGCGCUUCAUGUACUAUAUAGUGAUAUUGUCAGUUUGCCUGAAUCCAUUGGUAGGCUGCAGAGGUUAAGGACACUAAACUUGUCAUGCUGUGAACGUCUAGACAGUUUACCAGAUUCUAUUGGUGAUUGCCACAUGAUUUCAAGCAUUGAUCUUUGGGGUUGCAAAAACCUUCGAGUGUUGCCAAACUCUGUCGGUAGAAAUAAAAGGCUAAGAGUGUUGAGACUAGGUUACACCAAAAUUGAGAGGCUACCAUCAAGUAUCACAACACUAGAAAAUCUAGAGUGUUUGGACCUUGUGUUUUGUAACAAGCUGGUAGAGCUACCUGAAUGCUUUGGGAACUUGAAGAAGCUUGAAAUUUUGAACCUAGAAGGAUGUGAAAGUUUGAGAGCCAUGCCGGUUGGCAUCGGACAGCUCCAUCGACUUCAAAGUAUGAGUUUAUUUGUUGUGGGCGAGGGUGAAAAAUCUGCACGAAUCUCAGAACUUGGAAAUGUAGCUACAAUUAGUGGGAACCUAACUAUCAUAAGUGUUGAAAAUGUGACAGAUCCAGAUGAUGCACAGCGGGCAUGCUUGAAACAAAAGACAAACUUACAGUGCUUGGACCUAAAGUGGGGGUGGGUAAACGAUUUGGACUAUGUGAACUUUGAAUUGGAGCAGGCUAUACUUGAUGGUCUGGAACCUCCAUCAGGGAUUAAACGCCUAAACAUUUGUGGGUAUGCAGGCAUGCAGUUCGCACGGUGGAUGCUAAAGCAAGCUGGUGGUGGAGAACAUGGGGCUCCUCAAUUCACAUGUUUGACGGUGAUGAGGCUAUCAGGUUUAGGAAACAUAAAGCAUCUGGAGGGGCUUGUGGAGUUGCCUUGUUUGGGGGAGCUUGAGCUGCAACAUAUGCGCUCUCUUGAGAGCAUAAGCGGAGGCCCAUUUCCUUUGCUGGUGAAGUUAAGAAUGGAGGGACUGGAUCGCCUGAGAGAGGUGUGGAUGGAAACAGAGAGGAGUACCUUGGCUGGUGGGGAGGAGGGAGGAGGCUGUAGCAACCACUAGGGACAAUUGCAAAUUGGUAGUCGUCUAUCACAUUUAACCAUAUGGCAGUGUCCUGAAUUGAUUGGGAAGCCGUACUUGCCGUCUUCACUAGAGUACUUGGAGUUGUGGUGUAGCAACGAACAACUGCUAUCGUUAGGCCAAGGGUCCUCCCGUUCUCAACCCUCUUUUAGUUUUAGCCACCUGAAGGAGCUUCAGAUAAGGAAGAUGACAAGAUCUGGACGUGGGUGGGAGCUUCUGCUAUCGAGGUUGACAGCAUCAUCGUCAUCAUCACCAGCUUCGCCUGGAUUAGGAUAUGGACGUGGGUGGGACCUGUUCCAAUACAUGACGGCACUUGAGUCCUUGAAGAUUGAGGACUGCGAUGGCCUAACAGAACUGCCAGAGAGCAUGCGGAGCCUCACGUCCCUCCGAUAUCUGAGUAUUGGAACAUGCUCUAAUCUUUGCAUGCUGCCCGAGUGGCUAGGGGAACUCCGGUCUCUGCAAUAGAUGGUUAUAUGGUACUGCAAUAGCCUGAGUAGCCUUCCCCAAUCACUGGGUCAUCUCACCUCCCUCCAGGAGCUCCGAAUAGAACACUGUGAUGCACUUCACCAAUUGCCCGAAUGCCUGGGUCAUCUCACCUCCCUCCAGGUGCUCCAAAUAGGAUCUUGCAAUGCACUUCACCAAUUGCCCGAAUGCCUGGGUGAGCUCCGCUCUCUACGCGAACUCGGCAUUUGGAAUUUGCCAGGCCUGACUUGCCUUCCCCAGUCAACGUGUCAUCUCACCUCCCUCCAGAUGCUCCGAAUAGAAUUUUGCAAUGAACUUCACCAAUUGCCCGAAUGCCUGGGUGAGCUCCGCUCUCUAAGCGUAUUCGGGAUUGUAAAUUUGCCAGGCCUCAAAUCCUUGCCGGAGUGGAUAAAAGGCCUCACCGCUCUGCAGGAAUUGAUCAUCCUUGGCUGCCCUGAUCUGGCGAGGCGCUGCGAGAGAGGAAAGGGAGAGGACUGGCAUCUCAUCUCCCACAUCCCUGAUCUGCGGAUAUGAAAUCUGCCCGUUAGUGCUUCUGCAUCUUCCAAGAAAAAGCAAUCGGUCCACGUCCGCUUUGAUUGAAGUUGUGGCCAUACAAUUUUCUUUGAGCAUGUGCAGAUUUCUACAGUUUUACUUACGGGUAUCCAAAUUCCUAUUGAACUGAUUGAUAUUGAGAAUUUUGUGGAAAUAUACAUUCGUAAAGGGUCAUGCUGCCAACGCCAUUGUUGUUGUUUGUUAAGCCCGCAUAUCAACAACAUCAACGGGUUGCUAGCAAACGAAACACAUUUCAAGAUCGUAUGGCAAGGUGUCUACUCAAAAAGAAAAAAAAAUGAUUGUAUCACAUGGUGUCUUACAAGGUACAAGCUACAGAUUUUCAUUACUAUAUGUAGUAUACUUGUCUUCAUUCGGUCAUUUGCCUAUCAGAAGAAAUGGAAAACCAAUCAAAAGGAAGAAAGUUCAUAUGGUGCAUGCUUAGAGCUGAAAAUUCAAUCUACAAUCUAUUAAAUGAUGUCCGCCUGGUCCAGGCAUUCAUGUUCAUUGCAAAUGCCUGGGCUGUUCCAAUGUUACAAGACAAGUCAAGAAGUUGACAUAUCAAGGGAGCAACACAUCGGAGUUGUAGCUAGGGAUUUCAAUGUCGUUUUACAAUUUUUUUCGUUCACCGGUGAAAAGACCGAAAUUUGCAAAAUUUCACCGAAAUUUUGAUUAUUUUUCGUCCUCUGUUUGGUGGGUUCCACAUGUUAGUGAAAGAAAAUUUCGAAAUAAGAUAUUUCGUUCCCCACCGAGAUUACCGAAAUUCGUGAAAUUUUGCCAAAAUUUCGGCAAAAUUUUAAUCUCUGUUGCAGCAUCCUCGGGCUCUGUGUUUCCAUGAAGAAAAUACACCACCACUCACUACUUCUCAUCCUGGUUUUACCGAAGCGAGCUGCUGAAAAUUUUCUUCACCACCUGAUACCACGAAAAAAAUUGCUGAAUUUGCCCUGUUAUAUUCGGUGGACCAUUGGAAUGUAUCAAGUACACAACCCUAUGUUACCAGAUUCAACUCAUUCCUUGGAUUCUACUUCUCAGAACAAUGUUUAUCACUUUUCAUGGAAGUUCUGAUUUCACAACAAAGUACAUUAUUGCAUUAUGCUUUU